CUGCUGAGCCAGCCGACUCUGGUGGUGACGCGCCAAAUGGAGAUGCUCAACAUAUUCCUUGGCUUCGAACUGGCCAAUCGCUACGCACUUGUAUCGCCCGAGGGCGAGCCGAAGGGUUACAUUGCCGAGACGGAGCAGGGGCUGGGCAACGUUAUGCAGCGUCAAUUCUUCCGGAACCAUCGUCCCUUUACGGCCCACGUCCUCGAUGGAGAAGGAAAAGAGAUGCUCGUGAUCCGGCGGGCGUUCAAGUGGCUUACCUCCAAGACGAGCGUGUCCCUUGUCGACCCAGAAACGGGAAGCGAGACGCUCGUCGGCGAGGUCCGGCAGCGACUGACGGUCUACCGGCGCAAGUACGACCUCUUUACCGAGUCUGUCCAGUUUGCCAGCAUCGACGGCGGCCUUUGGGCAUGGGACUUUGUCAUGGUCGACACUGAUGGGGAGCCGCUGGGGGCAGUCAGCCGAAAUUUCCGCGGCUUUGGCCGGGAGCUCUUCACCGAUACGGGUCAGUACGAGCUCGUGCGCCACGGUCCUGCACGGGCCCUGACGCUAGACGAGCGCGCCGUGGCGCUGGCGACAGCCGUCAGCUGCGACGUUGACUACUUUUCGCAG